AUGUUAAUACACCGGCCAGUGCAGGGUAUUCUACGAAGAGGUCUCUAUCGAGCUCAGAUAAGAUUCAAUUCGUCAAAAGAGAAUGGUUCGAAAGAUGACGGCAAGUCAUCGGAGGUUUCUAAAAGAGACGAUGCUCAUGACGUUGAACAAUUCAAGAUAAACCAAACCACGUCCAAGUCUGCGCCAGCUCCAAUGGAAUUUAAUGGAGUUGAGCAACUCAUGAAAAAGAACAACAAACCAUAUAUUCCUAAAUUCAAGCACCAACGAGUAACGUUUGAGUACCCCGACCUCCCUAAUGAAGACCAAUACACCAAUCUUAACAAUAAACCAAAGCGCAUCUCCCGAUGGACGAGAUAUAUACCCAAGAUUUUGACUGUGAUUGGUGUUGCUUGGGCUGGGUACACUAUCAAAGUAUGGUACUUGGAUGAUCCAGAAGAAGGCCAGGAUAGCAAUGAUUUAUUAGACCCAAACGAGUUUCACAAGUUUAUAGUUACUCACAAAGAACAAAUUGAUGAUGAUCAUUACAUUAUUGAAAUAAAAUCCAAAUACGAUCGAUGGGAGUACAGUUUUGCAACAAACCCCGACAAGAAGUCGUUAUGGAAUGGAGAUACCAUAUGGUCAGUUGAAAUAAAACAACCAGAUAUCAAUGUCGUUAGAUCAUACACGCCAUUGCCCAUGUACUAUAUGAAAUCGGAAUACACCAGAUCAGGUGAAAAGAAACCAUUGCUAAAAAUAUUGAAUCCAGAAGUAGAUGAUUUGGAUAAGAACGGGACAAUGUGUUUAUAUGUAAAGAGAUACAAACAAGGCGAAGUAUCAAGAUACAUAACUGAUCGCAAAAUUGGUGACGAGUUAGAAUUAAGAGGCCCUACGAUCGAAUACAAGUUCCCUUAUCAUCCAUUAAAGAAAAUCCACGAACGUCCCAUCUUCAAAGACUUGCCGUCGAAAGUUGAGCCUGAUAAUAUGGUUGAAUCUAUUAAAAGAGACCGGAAAUUGCCUGAUGUUGACAAUUUGGACUUUUACGCGGCUGGGACGGGGAUUGCUCCCAUUUUACAAGUACUAUUUUCGAGAAAUCCCUAUUUAGGAUAUGUCAAUAUUCAUUAUUCGGCGCAAAAGCCCGGCGAAAUUGGUAUUUUGCUGAGAUUUUUGCUUUUCUUGAAUAAAUUAGAUCGCAUAAAUGUUUAUCAUCAUUAUGAUAGUGACCCAAAGACUAUAUUGAAUGGCAAGAAUAUACCCCCACCAUCAAAGCCUAAUUUCUAUUCGCCAAAGAGAUUGGACGAAGCAACGGCGCAAUUAUCGCCUGAAGAAGCAUUAAGUGUGAGAAUGCAGGUGAUGAAAGACGAGGAGAAGAAAGAGGCGGAGGAGGAAGAGGAGAAAUUGAAACCUGAAGCCGUAAAGAGGUUGGUUCAAUCGACCAGUGAACGUGGAGAACGGUAUGAAACUGGUUUAGAACAAGCAAUGGCUACUUCGACUAAACCAAAGAAACCGGCUGCAUUGGCAAUUGUAUGUGGUCCUGAUGGUUAUGUGGACUACGUAACGGGUCCCAAGGAUCUAGUACACAAGACUCAGGGACCAGUUACAGGGUUGCUUGGAGUGAAGAAGUGGGAUAAUUCAAAUGUAUAUAAAUUAUAG